AUGACCUGUUUGUCAAAUAUUCCACCAGAAAUGCGCUGGAAAAUAAUGCGACGUCUCGACACGAAAAGUUUGCUUCGACUUGGCGCAACUUGUCGAAAAUUUUGGGGCGAAUCGCAAAAACAGCCGCAAUACUACAAUCGUGUGUGGUUGAUGGAACGCCGAAAAAUUGUACGUCUCAUCUUGAACUCCAACAAAUUGAUUUUGGAAUUUCACAAAAUCGGCGAAUCGAAGACACGUGUCAAAUGUGUGAAUCUGGCGUGGAGCAGCGCUAGGCAAAAAGUUUUUUGGACUGAAAUUGUUGUGGAGAAUGUUUAUGAUUGUGUUUUGAGAAUUGUCAAGGAAUUUUUGCGAAGAAUUGCCGGGAAUUUGAGAGAAUUUUAUUGUUUUGUGGUGAGAAAAUUCAUUUUUCACCCAAAAAAUGUACAUUUUCAGCAACAAAAACUUCGAUCUCGUGUAAUUCGAGGUCUACAACUUCCAAAAAAUCUUCGAAAUCUUGCGAGUUUCGAAAUCGAUGGUUGUAGCCAACAAAUCGAUAUGGUCAAAUGGAAAUUCGUGGAUUUCAAAUCGCUUGCAAAUGUUCGAAAUCGCCUCAAUAUCUCCUACACAACAAUAAGCUUUGAGCAAUUAUUGGAACUUCGAGCCGAAAAAAUCGAGAUUUAUCGAAUGAGCAUUUUGACGUCGCAAAAUUUGAGAGAUUAUAUUGAGAUGUGGGCCGAGAAUCGAUUGCAUUCGAAUUUUCGAGAAUUACGAGUUUCGGCGGGGAAAUCGAGAAGUUCAAAAAUGGAAUUGGUCAAUUUGGCGGGUUUGCAAAUUCGAAGGUGAAUUAAAGCAAGUCGGAAAAUUCGGAAAAUUUUUCAAAGUCUGAAAUUCCGAUUUUCAGCCUUAAGUGGCCCUAAAAUUAUUUUUAUGUUCAAAAAAUUGAAAAAUUGGAAAAAAAAUCCAAAAAUUUCAUUUUUUCUAUCAUAAACUGAGAAAAUUUCCCAAAAUUUAGGCAAAAUUGUAAAUAAAUAUUACUACCAAAGAUCGAAAAUUGAUUUUUCCGUGAAAAAAUUGGAAAUCCGGAAAAUUUGGAAAAUUUUUCUGAAAUUUCGAUUUUCAGCCUUAAAUUGGCACUAAAACUUAUUUUUAGUAACUAUUUUAAACGUUUUACGUUCAGAAAUAGUAAAAAUUGAAAAAAAAAUCCAAAAAUUUCAUUUUUGCUAUCAUAAACUGAGGAAAUUUCCCAAAAUUUAGGAAAAAUUGUAAAUUUUACUACCAAAGAUCGAAAAUUUAUUUUUCCGUGAAAAAAUUGGAAAUCCGGAAAAUUUGGAAAAUUUUUCUGAAAUUUCGAUUUUCAGCUUUAAGUUGGCACUAAAACUUAUUUUUUAUGUACAAUUACUAUUUGAAACGUUUUACGUUCAAAAAAUAGUAAAAUUUGAAAAAUUGAAAAAAAAAAUCCAAAAAUUUCAUUUUUUUCCAUCAUAAACUGAGAAAAUUUCUCAAAAUUUAGGCAAAAUUGUAAAUUUUUUUUCCGGAAAAUUGAUUUUUCCCUGAAAAAACCGGAAAAUUCGGAAAAUUUUUCAAAGUCUGAAAUUUCGAUUUUCAGCCUUAAGUUGGCACUAAAACUUAUUUUUAGUAACUAUUUGAAACGUUUCACGUUCAAAAAAUAGUAAAAAAUUGAAAAAAAAAUCCAAAAAUUUCAUUUUUUUUCCAUCAUAAACUGAGAAAAUUUCUCAAAAUUUAGGCAAAAUUGAUUUUUCCGUGAAAAAAACCGGAAAAUUUGGAAAAUUUCCGGCACAGUCCUGCUUCCAAAUUAAUUAUCGAUAAUUUUUCAGCCUUCCCUAUGGUACAAAAUUGCUCCAAUCAAAAGUGAAUCACAGUGAUUGGCUUUCAAUUUCAAAUUAUGCGCAUUUUUUCUGGAUUCGAGUGGUGGAUGAAAAUGGCAGAGGUCCAGACGGUUAUUAA